UCAAGAAAAACCGUUUGCUCCUCUCUCAAUAUACCCAUUUCCCAAUCUACCCUCGACCAAUACCAUGAAAGAAUACUCGCGUAUGGGGGUCACAAUCGUCAUUCUCUAAUUCUGACUUAUCUUCUCAGAGUGCGCACCUGGUAUGGUUGAUAUUUCAUGCUCCUUAAAACCGUCUAACGAUCACACAUAUUUCAAAAUAAAAUCCCCCCGAAGGCCUUUUGGAGAAGCGCAGAUUAUCAUCGCCGAGCAGCAGAACAAGAAGUAGAGGAAGAGCCAAUGGCAAGGAAGUUUUUCGUCGGCGGCAACUGGAAAUGCAAUGGAACUACUGAGGAAGUGAAGAAGAUAGUCUCCACUCUUAAUGGAGGCGACGUGCCCAGCCCUGAUGUUGUUGAGGUCGUGGUGAGCCCUCCAUUUGUGUUUCUUCCUUUGGUGAAAACAACGCUGAGGCCAGAUUUCCAUGUGGCUGCACAAAAUUGCUGGGUGAAGAAUGGAGGUGCUUACACCGGUGAGGUUAGUGCGGAGAUGCUUGUGAAUUUGGACAUUCCCUGGGUCAUCCUUGGACAUUCUGAGAGGAGGAGUCUCUUAAAGGAAUCGAAUGAUUUUGUUGGGGACAAGGUUGCUUAUGCACUUGCUAAGGGUUUGAAAGUGAUAGCUUGUGUUGGUGAGACUCUUGAGCAAAGGGAAGCUGGAUCCACCAUGGAAGUUGUUGCAGCUCAGACCAAAGCAAUAGCAGAGCGGGUAACAGAUUGGACUAAUGUUGUGUUGGCCUAUGAACCUGUGUGGGCAAUCGGGACAGGAAAAGUCGCUACCCCUGCACAGGCUCAGGAAGUACAUUCGGAACUGAGGGACUGGCUUCAAGCAAACACCAGCCCUGAAAUCGCAUCAACAACUAGAAUUAUCUACGGAGGGUCAGUCAGUGGCGGAAACUGCAAGGAACUCGCAGCCAAGCCUGAUGUUGAUGGCUUCCUCGUCGGCGGGGCUUCUCUCAAGCCGGAAUUUAUCGACAUCAUCAAAUCAGCUGAGGUGAAGAAAAGUGCUUAAAACGUGGGCAUCAGCUCUCUAGAAGCUGACCAGUGUGGUGGAUAUGGUUAAAUACGUAUCCUAAUCAUAAUGAUGUACGAAUUGAGUUAAUAAGUUGCAGUGGUUUGCAAUGAGACCCUUACCUCAAAAGUCUCUCAUCAAUUCUCUUCGGCUCUGCCAUUGAGAGAAAGGCCAAGCUUUGACCGUCUUGUGUGCCGUGACUUUUCACGCGUGAAUCCUCACUUGCUUCUGUCUCUGUUUCUGUACUGUCUGGGUGAAUUGUGUAUUUACAUUUUUUGCUCUCUAUAAAUGUGCAUUUACUUGCGGGGCGACUCGAUCGAAGUCCAACUGUAAUUUUCUCAUAACCAAAGUCGCUCUCUCUCUCUCUCUCUCUCUCUCUCUCUCUUGAAGCUGGAGAAUCAAGUGAGCUCACAUCUUGGGUGGAAUUACCUGCUCUUAUGGUUUGUAGUCAACGGUUGACAACCCGCCAAAUUGCUUGCCUUAACUUCUAUUCCAAUUUUUUUAAUUCGGUCGUUGGUGGAGCUAAUUGUUUUCUUAAUUAUAGAGGCCAAAACCCCAAAAUGAUUACAAUUAACUUAACAUUUCUUUGGUGCAUGUUGUUAUUAAGUAUUUGAAUAAUUGUGAUUAGCAAAGCAUGAGCGAAUGGUGACCAAAGCAUUGUGACGACACUCACGUGAAGCUGAAUAGACUGGGCAGGCCACCAUGGAGCAGGCCGUCACUUGCUUUCUCUAGCCAGCCACCGCCCUCUCCCUCAUAGAUAAUACUGCAAUUAGUUGACUAAUGGCGGUUUUCUGCGGAUAUGAAAAAGAAUCUUUUAAAGCAAUAAUUACAUAAUUUUCUUUUUGGAAAUGAAACUACUAAUUUUCUUUUGGGAAAUGAAUAUUACAUCACAGGUCCACCUGUUACUUUUCCUCUCAUCCUUUGGAGGAUAGUUCUCAUUUUCAGACUAUAAACGUCUUCGCCAAAGUCGAAUUGAACCGUGAUUUAUAAUACGACAAUUUUUAGCUUUUGGAGUCUUCUAAUACGCAUGCUAUCUUCUUUAUACCCCAGCUUUUGUUUACUUUGUAUUUUUUUUUUCAAAUAUAGAAAGAUUGUAUUAGCAAAUAAAUUAAAGAUCCUCACCUAGAGCCCACCUUUCCUCACCUACAGAAAAGCAAUAAAUUAUAGAUGCAAAGUUUAGACAUGAUUACAAAUACGAUCUCAAAAUUAUAACUUUCAACAACAAUAAGGUAGGGUGAGUUUUUUCUUGACAAAGUGUUAUCAUAUAUUCGACCAAAAAAAUAAAGUUUUAUCAUAUUGUUCAUAACAAAAAUCGACCACUCCACAAUAUCACGACUAUAACAAACGGAGAUCUGCUCGGAUAUCAGCGUUUGUCGCACUAACUCAAUCAGUAGCACACCCUUUAUCAAUGACAAUCUUGGAGACUCCAAUAACUAUAAUUCAUGCGACAAGUCACACGAUACACACCAUCAUACUGCAUACACCAAACGUAUAAAAUAGACUUGCUAGCUGCCGAACUCGCAAUGCAUGCUCCUAAGAAAAAACACAUUUUGGUUUGUCAAUGAGUAGAACACCUCAAAGACAACUAAUCCACAAUGUUUCGCCACCAGAGGAUAGCGCAGAAGUAAAUGUUCGAGCAUCUCCAACUCAUAGGGACAAACCGAGCACAAAUUCGAAUACCCAACUCCAUGUUCUGACAACGCAACCGUAGCUAGAAAAAUCCGAUGCAACAAUUUGCUGAAAAUGAGAAAUAUAUAGUUUGAAAUGAAUCGAGGAGAUCCCACACUUGCAAGUUGAACCCAUAAACCCCAAAUCAAGCAGAGAAACCGGCCACCACCUCUCAAGACCCUUUCAUCCAAAACUUUAAACACCCUGUGAUAACCCGACUUACUAGCAUAGUUAGUAAAUAUUCCGUUUAAUA